AAGAAGGGUUGCAAGGACGGACCCCCUCCUCUCUGCGGACGAGCAGUGGUUGUUAUUUCUCCAUAGAUUACACCUUCUAACUCAACCUCUAACAUUAAAACAUUAAAUCAUGUACUACCGCCUCAACGGAGUGACGCAGCGGCUGACCGGAGCCCCCACCUCCGCCUACGUCCCGCAGGGCCUGAAGCCCGGGCUGCCCGCCGAACCGUCGCCGUUGAUCUUCGCGUCGCCGACUAAGCUCGUCUCCGAGGCGGCUAGUCAAGCCGAGUACCUGGGCGCCAACAGGGUCCCCGCCCUGCAGAAAAUGUUCCAGAAGGCUGAUGGCAUCCCAGUCCACCUGAAGAGAGGGGUGAUGGACAAGAUGCUGUACCGGACCACCAUGGGUCUGACCAUCGGGGGGGCUCUCUACUGCGUCAUGGCGCUCUACAUCGCCGCGCAGCCCAGGAAGUGACCUGUCCACUCACAGCGAGGGCGGCCCCCUCACCUCCUCACGCACUGACCAUCGUCACGGAAACGCUUGCUAUUUAUUCACUCGCUUCUUGUCGUCCUCCGUCUCCGCUGCUGAUUCUAACCUUCAGGGGGGGGGGCUGGUCCGGGGUCAGGCCGGGGGGAGGCGGGGGUCUGAACCCCCUCAGCGGUCCUGUGUCCGCUGGCUACGCUGAUCCAGAAGAUUAAUUUGCCAACAGAGUUCUAUGUUCGUACGUCCUUUACAACAAUCAUUGUCAUUCCUCUGAGAACAAUAAAGUUUAUUUUGUGAAAUUAA